UUUCCGCGAACAUUAAACUUGCUUCCUGUGUUUACCUUCGCGUUGUCAGCUCUCGUUUCUCCCUCUAAUGGGGGUUUUCCAGAUAAUUCAGGUUGUUUUAGUCGCUGUCGCGUCUUUUAGUGAAAGUCUUGCUUAUUUAAAUGGUUCUGCAGUCGAUUUUGAUUCGUUCAGGAGAAAGUUUCUCCGCUUGUACCAAGUCAACAGCGAGGAAUUUAGUCGUCGUCAAAUCUAUUUUCAGAAUGCUGCAAUGCGACAUAUACACCUGAACUCAUUUUCCACAGAGCCACAGUCUGCCACGUACGGCAUUAACCAGUUCUCUGACCUUUCACAGAUGGAAUUCAGGGAUGUUUACCUUCGAGCAGAAAGUAGCAGAGCCCCUGGCUUCACUGGACGGACUAGAAUGGGACUCCCGGCCAAAUUUGACUGGAGGGAUAAAGGGGUGGUGGCACCGGUCCAGAACCAGUUAGAGUGUGGGAGCUGCUGGGCGUUUAGCGCGGUUGGCGCCAUCCAGUCCGUCCAUGCUAUGGGAGCCUCGCAGCUAGAGCAGCUCAGCGUGCAGCAAGUUCUCGACUGCUCCUAUGAAAAUAAGGGCUGUAAUGGAGGCUCCCCUUCCCACACGCUUGCUUGGUUAAAACAGAGCAGAGUGAAGUUGGUGAGUCGCUCGGAGUAUCCAUAUAAGGCCAAAACAGGAAUCUGUCAUUUCUUCCCCCAGUCUCAUGAAGGUGUUGCUGUCAAGAAUUAUUCUCUGCAUAGCUUCAGUGGUCAGGAGGAGGCGAUGAUGGGUCAGCUGGUGCAGUUUGGUCCAUUGGCUGCUGUCGUGGAUGCCGUCAGUUGGCAGGAUUACCUGGGAGGCAUCAUCCAGCACCACUGCUCCAGCCAAUGGUCUAACCACGCUGUCUUAGUAGUUGGAUACGACACGACUGGCGACAUACCUUACUGGAUUGUGCAGAACUCCUGGGGAACUGAAUGGGGAGAUCAGGGUUACGUGUAUAUAAAAAUCGGUGGCAACAUGUGUGGUAUUGCAGAUUCUGUGGCAGCUGUUUCUCUUUGACAAGAGUUUAUUUGAGUCAGACGGGUUUGUGUGAGUCACUGUGUGGGUGCUUCCCCUUGCCAAAAUGAAACAACUCAUGUGUUCAGCAUCUCUGUGGAUAAUGAUUUCUUUUUUAAAUGUAGCCAUCUUGUGUCACUCAAACAAA